UCGAUUUGUCAAAAUAACAGCUGGUUUUCGAUUGAUAUUUAUUUCAGCUCUCAUUUACUAAAUUGAUAGUUUGAAUUUAAUAAAAGAACAAUUAAAAUAUUCAAAAUGUCAGCGGAAGUAGCUCCAUUGGAUCCAGCUCAACGUUUAAAAUUAGGUCCCCGCGAAGGUGUAACAUAUCCUAUCGUGGUUCAGUAUUGUGGAAACUGUACAAUGCCGCUAGAAUACUGCGAGUAUUAUCCAGAAUACGAAAAAUGCAGAGCUUGGCUUGAAAAGCAUCUUCCUGGUGAAUUUGAACAAAUGAAAAUUAAGGAUGAGGCCGCCGGUGUCGAUGGCACAGAUGACGACAAGAAACGACAGAAAAGAGGUGGAAAGGGGAUGAUGAAGAUUAAAAAGAAGGAAGAAGUGCCCAAAAAAAUUACAGUUUCCAGAGCGCCUCGUGGAAAAAAGAAGUCGGUUACUGUAGUGACGGGAUUAAAUACUUUCGAUAUUGACUUGAAGGUAGCUGCUAAGUUCUUCGGUACAAAAUUUGCUUGCGGCUCUUCUGUUACUGGUGAUGAUGAAAUUGUAAUUCAAGGAGAUGUGAAAGAUGAUCUUUUCGAUGUCAUACCGGAAAAAUGGCCAGAGAUUGAUGAGGACUACAUUGAUGAUUUAGGUGAUCAAAAACGCUAAAUUAUAAAAUAAACCUCGCAACAUGCAUUUUUACAAAAUAAAUUCUUAUAAUGAAAUAUAAAA